AUUCCCAAACAAACCGGAUUCAGGAGUCAGGACAGCAUAUUCGGACAAAGCCGUUAGCCAUUCCCUCUUGCCUUCCAUCCCGUAAAAACACCGUCAAAUUCCCCGUCCCUUUCUUUCGCCGGCGGUCUCUCUCCUCUCUCUCUGUGGCCGAAAUUUACGCAUACAAUAGUUUAUAUACACGUGGUAUAUACGUAUAUACUUUCCCAUCCUACACAUACAUAUUCUAUAAACUUCUCUCUCUGUCUCUCUGGAAUCUUUGUAUUCGAGAAGAUUCGGCCGCGGAGACGGUUGCGCUCUGAUUGUUUUUUGUUGUUGCUUUCUCUGAGCUCGAGGUCUGUGUUUGGUGGAGCUGAAGAGAGGGGGAAGGGGGCAGGCGAUUUGAAUGGCGGUGGAGUACAAAUGUUGCGAAUCGGGAUUCUUCAUACACAUAGUGAUAAUCUUACUGUUGGUGAUGUUCGCGGGGCUGAUGUCAGGGCUCACCUUGGGGCUCAUGUCCAUGAGCCUCGUCGAUCUCGAGGUCCUCGCCAAGUCUGGAACUCCUAAGCAUCGCCAACACGCCACAAAGAUAUUGCCAGUGGUCAGAAAGCAGCAUUUAUUGCUUUGCACCCUGCUAAUUUGCAAUGCUGCUGCCAUGGAGGCGCUUCCCAUUUUUCUUGAUGGUCUGGUCACAGCCUGGGUUGCUAUUCUGAUUUCAGUGACAUUGAUUCUUCUGUUCGGCGAGAUAAUACCGCAAUCUGUUUGUUCUCGCUAUGGUUUAGCAAUUGGCGCAGCAGUGGCACCAUUCGUACGCGUUCUUGUUUGGAUCUGCUAUCCUAUAGCAUUUCCAAUCAGCAAGCUAUUAGACAUUAUGUUGGGACAUGGGCAUGUAGCUCUUUUUCGCAGAGCUGAGUUGAAAACACUUGUAGAUUUGCAUGGCAACGAGGCUGGAAAAGGUGGAGAGUUGACGCAUGAUGAGACUACAAUUAUUGCCGGAGCACUUGAGCUUUCCGAAAAAACAGCUAGUGAUGCCAUGACUCCUAUAUCUGAAACUUUUGCAGUUGAUAUCAAUGGCAAGCUUGACAGGGAGUUGAUGAAUCUAAUUUUGGAGAAAGGGCAUAGCAGAGUGCCAGUUUAUUAUGAACAAUCUACAAACAUAAUUGGACUUAUCUUGGUCAAGAACUUGCUAGCGAUGCACCCAGAAGAUGAAAUGCCGGUAAAGAGUGUCACAAUACGUAGGAUUCCAAGAGUGCCAGAGACUUUGCCCUUAUAUGACAUAUUGAAUGAGUUUCAGAAAGGUCACAGCCACAUGGCUGUUGUUGUAAGACAGUGCAAUAAGGCGGUAGAAGCGUCCCCUAGUCACCCUUCCGAAAAUCAAUCGAAUGACGUGAGAAUACUCAUUGAUGGUGAAAAGCCUCCCCAAGAGAAGAUUGUAAAGAGCAAGAUAUCACUCCAGAAGUGGAAGAGCUUUCCCAACAGUUCGGACAAUUCACAUAAGGGUGGACCUAGGAGUAAGAAGUGGACAAAGGAGAUGUAUUCAGACAUUCUGCAGAUAGAUGGCAAUCAACUCCCAAAGAUCCCAGAAGAAGAAGAAGCUGUUGGCAUAAUAACCAUGGAAGAUGUCAUUGAGGAGCUUUUACAGGAGGAGAUCUUUGAUGAGACAGAUCAUCAUUUCGAGGAAUCCUCACCCCAGCAAGAUAAUCACGAAAAACUUGUCCGUUAGGGCCGUAUGAAGGUAGUAGUUUAAAACUUCUAAAUCCGCGUAUGGUCUAUAGGCACUCUUAUUAGGAGCCCCUGAUGGUUGACGAAGCCAGAAAAAAGGUAUGUAUAAUUUGUUGGACUCCAGCAUCACAUGAGUUUUGUAAGUACCUACUCUUGGUAGUGAAAGAUGCCCUGAAAAAAAAGAUGUUGGAACUAUUGGGGGGGUUUCCUCGUGACACUGCCACAUAAGAAAAGAAAAUAAGAGA